AUGAUAAGGCUUGGUUCUAAUUACAGUAUUAGCAAUACCACCAAUGCUAUUACUACUGCUACUAUCUUUCUGCUUGGUCUUCUUCUGUUACACAAUUCCUCUACUCAACUUAUUCUUGCAACUUCUACUUCCAUCGUCAAGUUCCUUCCUGGUUUUCAAGGACCCCUUCCUUUUCUACUACAAACUGGCUACAUUCAAGUGAAUGAAACUGAAACUGACGAUGACACUGCUGAAGUGUUCUACUAUUUUAUAGAGUCUGAGAAUAAUGCUAAGGAAGAUCCUCUCUUGCUUUGGCUAACCGGCGGUCCUGGUUGCUCCUCCCUCACUGGCCUAGCAUUCACUACUACAAUUUUGAGUUUUAAUAGCAAUAAUUUAAUAGCAUUUAUUUAUAAAGUGCUAUUAAAAAUAUCAAACAAAGAAUUAUAA